AUGCAUUCAGGGCAUCAGUGGGGAGGGCCGUUGGAGAUAAUUCAAGAUUCGUCGACGUCGGAGGACUUCGAGAGGGUCAGCCGCGGGAACGCGGAGUGGGACCGGGCGUCGGCGACGCAGCAGCGCCACUACGGCGGCGCCGCCGGCCCCCGGCCCGACCUGGACGAGACGCAGCAGGGCUGGCUGCUGGGCCCGCCGGAGCGGAAGGAGAAAAAGUACGUUGACUUGGGGUGCGUUGUUUGCAGCAAGAAGGCGCUCAAGUAUACGUUAUGGGGUAUCGUCGUCGCCUUCUUCGUACUCGCCCUGCCCACUAUUAUCGCCAAAUCUUUGCCCAAGCGCCACCCCCGCCCUCCUCCGCCUGAUAAUUACUCCGUUGCCCUCCACAAAGCCCUCCUCUUCUUCAACGCUCAAAAAUCUGGAAAGCUGCCAAAAAACAAUGGCGUACCGUGGAGAAGGGAUUCCGGGCUGGACGACGGAUCCAAACUGACGGACGUCAAGGGAGGGCUGAUCGGAGGCUACUACGACGCCGGAGACAACACUAAGUUCCAUUUUCCGAUGUCGUUCGCGAUGACGAUGCUGAGCUGGAGUGUGAUUGAGUAUGAGCACAAGUUUCGAGCCGCCGGCGAGUAUGAUCACGUCCGGGACCUCAUCCGCUGGGGCACCGAUUACCUCCUCCGAACUUUCAACUCCUCCGCCUCCACAAUCGACAAAAUUUACAGCCAGGUGGGUGGGUCCACAAACGGUUCAAAAACACCGGACGAUCAUUACUGCUGGCAACGGCCGGAGGACAUGGCGUAUCCACGCCCGGUCCAAACAGCGGUCUCAGGGCCGGACCUAGCCGGAGAAAUGGCGGCGGCGCUAGCCGCCGCUUCCAUCGUGUUCCGCGACCACGCCGUAUACUCCGCCAAGCUGGCUAAAGGCGCGGAAACCGUGUACGCAUUCGCCAGGGACAGAGGCAAAAGAACGGCGUACAGCCGCGGAAAUCCGUACAUCGAGCCGUACUAUAACUCGACCGGCUACUUCGACGAGCACAUGUGGAGUGCCGUUUGGUUGUACUAUGCUACCGGGAAUAAUAGCUACAUUUCGCUGGCGACUAAUCCUGAAAUAGCUAAGAACGCGAAUGCGUUGGUAGUUAUCCCGGAUUUGAGUGUGUUUAGCUGGGAUAAUAAGCUGCCCGGGGCUAUGCUGCUCUUGACUAGGUUUAGGAUAGUUUUGAAUCCGGGUUAUCCCUACGAAGAAAUGUUGCAGAGCUAUCACAAUGUCACUACUCUCACCAUGUGCUCUUACCUGCAACGAUUUCAUGUCUUCAACUUCACCAAAGGGGGGCUGAUACAGUUGAACCAUGGGCAAGGGCAACCUUUACAGUAUGUAGUGAAUGCAGCGUUCUUGGCAUCUCUGUUUGCUGAUUACAUGGAAAUGACAGAUGUUCCCGGCAUGAAUUGUGGUCCUUACUUUAUCCCCACGGAUGUUCUUCGGGUUUUCGCGAUUUCCCAGAUUAAUUAUAUUUUAGGCGAGAAUCCAUUGAAGUUCAGCUACGUGGUGGGCUAUGGUUCCAGGUUCCCCAGGCACGUUCAUCACCGCGGCGCAUCGACGCCGAACAACAAGAUCAAGUACUCGUGCACCAGCGGAUGGAAAUGGCGAGACACCAAAAAACCUAAUCCAAACAACAUCACAGGCGCCAUGGUCGGAGGCCCCAACCGGUUUGAUCAGUUCCAAGAUUCCCGCACCAGUUUCGCCUUUACAGAGCCUACAUUGGCCGGAAAUGCAGGCUUAGUGGCGGCGCUAGUGUCCCUAACCAACACCGGCCGCUCCGGGGUCGACAAAAACGCAAUCUUCUCCAACGUUCCGCCGCUUUACGCCCCGGCCCCGCCCCCACCACCGCCGUGGAAACCCUGAACAAUGUAGCUAA